GUGUGUGUAUACAGUGACACUGUAAGCAAGAACGCAUACCACACCUUUCUGGCAUUGAACUGUAACCUGUAGUGACAACUUCCUUUGUAGACAUUGUAAAGAUAAUUGCAUUCCAGUGAGGGCGUUUCUGAUCUCUUGAUUGAGCUUGUAUCUAGACAUCACAAUGUUGUUAUAAUAUAGCUACAAUACACCCCUUAAAAAGUGUAUACUGCGCUAUAAUUUGAUAAUUAUGUACUGUAAGUUCUGAUCAUCCUGAUUACUCAACACGAAUCUUCCACAAAAUCGCUUUCGGUGGCUAUAUCCCUCUUGAAGCAUGCUGCACGCAUCUGCAGGAUUAGAUUGAAAUUUGGACACUUUUUAUCUUUAACUCGCCAAUGAAUCCCCAUCAAUCAAUGCGCUUACAAUUUACUGGCUCUGAAAUUCGGACACAUCUUAAUUAUCUUUCCUGUAGCAUUUGAAUUUCCAUAAUUAAUCCUCAUCAUAUUCCAUAUUUUCAAUGAUUUCUGAAGUCAUUUCGAAGAUGUGUGCUUCAAUUUGAUCGAGUUUCCUCUAUACCAAACCAUUGAUGGCUCUUCUCAUGCUUUUCAUGCAGGUUUUUGGGAUAGCUAGUGGUCCUCAACCUGGAUUAGAAGGGCAUAUUUCCCCUGAUCCUGUGGACGCAGAAGGUUAUAUGGUAUUGCUAGUCUACAAAAAUGGGUCUCUAACCCAGGAAGUCUCUGCAAUAGAUGGGACGAUGGGUUUCUACUGCGAGGACCGUGAAACUCUUCCUCCCUCCCUUCCAGCUGUAGCUCAACUGACAGUUGGCUUCCAUCGCUAUGUUAUCCAAGAUUUCAUGAGUGAACAAGAAGUGGAGGAAUUUGAUCCUCCCGUGGACUGUACUGUCUGGGGAUAUUUUUCUUAUGCUGAUGUGGUGCACAAGACUUCUGUUCAAAAAACACUUUCAUUUGCAGGUUCGAGCAUUGAUUUAAGGCCAGUUCCUCUCCAUGCGAGCUCAUGCUGAAAGAUUUGGCAUGCCUCUCCUCCACAACGAAUUACAGCAACUGGGGGAGCAUCAGCUAAUCAGAGCAUUUUGAACUCGAGAGCUUCAAUAUUUGGCGGUGAUGUGCGUACAAAAACCUGGUCUCCAGCUGUUGCCUUUACAAGUUUUUCUUAUAGCGGUUUUUCAGAACUUGAUUCCUCACCUGAUGGAUGUGAAAACUUGGUACUUUCUUGACAGGCUCUGCAUCCCUAAGAGCUGCGUUAAGGGCUGAUCAUGGUUGGCUGUGUAAUGAAAAUGGAAGCUUAGGGCCAUUUGCGAGCCUGUACGGGAAAUGGAAGUUUCAGGCCAUUUGCGAGCCUGUACAGGAAAUGGAAGUUUAGGGCCAUUUGCGAGCCUGUACGGGGGCAACUUGGAGAAUUCGUCCCUCUGCUGCAAGCUUUCAGUAAGUGCAGGGAACCAACAGCUGGUUUCCAGGUAUGCUUUAUUGAUGAAGAAAGAAUGGAAAUAAAGAAUCAAGCUUUCGAUGGAGCCAAUAGAAUGGACAGGUCUUGGUUUGCCGUCUCCACAAGAUGUCUUCCAUUGAAAUUGUUGAGACUUCAAACAUUUGGCCUUUCAGUAGUUGGGCGGCUUAAAUACCUCAAAUUUAGUGUAUAACUUUUUCACCCCUUUCAAUUAUAAUUUCUAUUAUGGACAUUAGAGAUCUCACAAUUAUUACUUUGGAAGAAAACCAUUGAACUACCAAGUCUUUGGACGAACAGCUUUGCCUUUGAGCAACCCGCUCAUUGGUUUCUUGAAGAAAAAUUUGUUACUUCUUCCCAGCCUUUUCCGCUUUCAAAAA